AUGAAGAAGUUCUUCUCACGCUUCUCCGCGGCUGGUCCCGUCACGCCCGCAAAGCCGAGCCAGGAGCCAAGCUUCGACCGCUCCGAGAAGCACGACCUCUACUCGCCUGCCGUCAAGGCAGCGCCAGCCAUCGCUUCGCCAUUCAAUUCCAUCGGCCGAACAAGAGCGCUUGUCGCCAAGUUCGAGGGUGUGACUGCCCUGCCAUCUUCCGCCGGCACUUCGACAGCUCCUCAACUUGCGAUACCUGCCCCCGCCCCAGAUCUUCCGAUUGCCGGUCAAGCUCACCCUCCGUUUCAACCAUCCUCAUCAUCCGGCCCCGGCACCGCCUCUGUACCAAAACGGAUCCCCGGCUCCAGUCUGCCGGCUUCAGCGGACCUGCCAUCGGGAACCCGAAUCUUUCAAUCCGACACCGCCUUCGACCCUUCUGGUUCUACAUCUCUAACAAAAAGGACGGACUUUACGGAGGCCAGCUCGAACGGUCACAAUGCACAUGCGAUCAAGACGGUUGCUUUCGCUCCUUCGCCACAGAAGCAGCGGUCCACGUCGCCGGCACACAUCGGCACCUCGCACCGCACAGCAGCGUCACAGCCCUUGUCUCGCACCAACUCCAAAGACAACAAUGCCUUCGCUACACCCGGCAACUUCGCUCGGCCAACGGCUGCCAGCCAGGCAAGAGCACGUACCUGGACAAGAUCGGCUUCCAGCGACACCAGUCAUCCACCCGCUCCAAAUGUCUCGACCAAUCUCCGUGACAGAGGAACGUCAGUCCAAACACGAUCGUCUAAAUCCAGGAUUUCUUCGUCGAUGCGCUCGACCUCUCGUCGCAGCUACUCCUAUUCGAGCACUCCCGUAUCCCGCGAUGGAGGCGCUUCACUUGCUUCCAUGGCCUUGACCAAUAAUGGCAUCCAGAGCCAGAGCCAGAACGCCGAUACCUCAUCACGGUCCAUGGCUCGAGGGGGCUCCUUCGACUUGGCACCAGGCAUUAGCGCGUCUCCUAUCGCCAGCAUCGACUUGCAUUCGCCUGCAACGGGUCCCUUCCAAUUUCCCACGCGCACAUCGCUAUCCAUGCGCAAAAGCUACUCUGGUUCCAACAGCAGCCGCCCCACAAGUCGCCGCAACAGCGUCGAUCCACACUCACCGACUGCCCCUGGCGAACCCGUCAUCUUCCCUCCCUCCGCCAGCCCAGCUCUUCGAUCUUUCGGAUUCCCGACAUGGAGCGAGAUGACCAACGAGGAGCUCGUCCGUAAUCUUGGCCCGCGCGAGCGAACACGACAGGAAGUGCUGUGGGAGAUUGUGGCGAGCGAGGAGCGAUACGUGAUGGAGCUGGAAAAGGUCAAGGAUCUCUACAUCGACGCCCUCAUCAACCCCGAGCAUUUUGAUCUUGAGCGCGUGCUCCCGCCAGUGCAUCCGCCCUCCGUAUCCUCGCCAGUCGAUGUGAACGAAUCGCAAUUUAGGUCCAAUGCGGCGUUGUGGGAAGAUCCGUCGGCAGCGAGACCGACUCCCGCCAUCACCUCGAGCGCAGAGCUUCCAAUCGCUGCUCGCUUCAUGUCCAACGUAUCUGCGGGCAAUGCGGGCGGCGGCCUGACAGACACAUCCUCCAAAAGCAUCCUAGCGCAAUGGGAUACACACAAGGCAGCCGGCGCACGGAGCCCGUACUCGAUGGGUGUCAGCAACAUCAACGCUGCCGGUCAGCUUGCCGCACAUGGCGGCCAAACGCAAAAGCGCUCUGAAGCUGCGUAUGGACUCGGCCUGGGUCUCGGUACGACAGCCACUCGCGAUCGAAGCGCCCCCGCCUACAUGAACAUUUCCACGGCGACCAAGAGCAAGGACAAGAUCUCGAGGGCGCAGAAGCUUCGUGGCCUCUCGUCCAAGGCUGGUGGUGAUGCAAAUCCGCUUCGUCUGACGGUUCCGCUGCCUCCUUCGCUGCGUGAAGUGCUGGUCGCCAUGUCCGAGGGUCUCACUGAAGCGCACGGUCUUCUUUCGGAUGCGCUCAAGGCGAGAUACGAAGAGCAGUGGCCUUUGGUCCGCAGCUUGGCCGAUGUCUUCAUGAAACACUCGCACAUCCUCGAGCACUACGCCAGCUAUGUUUGCCAUCUGCAGAGGGCGAUGGAGGAGCUGGAAGAGGCAGCCCUCAUGGAACGCGCGUUUCGAGGCAAGCGGCUCAAGAAGGAGCGUCUCAGCAACACCGUCGGCCUCGGACGAACCGUGGCAGCCCUCGAAGCGUGCGCUGCCGAGCAAGGCUAUGCUGGGCUCUCCAUCUUCGCCUCGAUGCCAUUCCAGCGGCUGCUCAAGUAUCCCCUGCUGUUUCAGAAUCUGCUCUUCCACACGGAUCCUUCAACACACGAGUUCGAAAGCACGGUCGGCAUGGUAGUUGAAGUUGAGCGGCUAGUGCGCUCGAUCGAGGACGAAAAGGUCACGGCCGAGGAGAGGGACAAGGCGCGCGAUGUCUUCGCCCGCAUUGACGGCAUCACUGACCGUGUCGUGCUUCGACCUCGACCCGAUCGCGUUCUCAUCGAAGAAUGCGCAUUGUACGACGAAAGUGCUCGGAGGACGCUAUCCGAAUCGGCUCCCAAGGAUGGGCGUAGCGACGCCAACGCCUCGGACAGUGAGGGCGCGGAGAGCGGCAGCGAAGGCUCAGGCCUCCGCAGCGGACGAAGGGGCAACUCGAGCCAAUCUGGGCUACGUGCGGCCCUGCGGAACAAGCGAUCCUACCGCCGGCUUUCCGACUUCCUGUCGGCAGAACAGGGCGGCGGAGGGUCUUCGAAAGCGCCGACGAUGGGAAGCAAGAAGGACCUGUGGCUGGUGCGCUUCUCGGACGUCGAGAUCAAGUGCCAGCGCAUUGGCGUGACGGCUUUGCCCAUGGUCAGCACCGCCGCGCUGCGCACUGCCGACGACGAUACAACCACAAGCGAGUUGACUGACUUUGCGGCUAGUAGCAAGGACAGUCGGGAACGUCUGAAGGCCCUGCGUAGCACAACUCUGCGCGCCAAGACACGCAACCUGUAUCGCUUUAUCUCGGUGGUGGCUUGGCGCAACGCCGCAACGCGGCAGAUGUUCGCCUCCAAGGAAGGAGGCCUGGAUGGGCUUCCGACGUCGCACGAAGUCGACGAAGAGUUCGACGAGGCCGGCGAAGACGAUGACGGUGCGAGUAUCAGCUGCGAUGACGGGAGCAGUGCGACCAGCAGCGCUUCAUCGGACAGUAGCGAGGGUGUGGGUGGUCAGGCAGGGUCGGACAAGUAUGUUCGCUCGACGAAACUGUCGUUCACGUACUGGGGCGACCGCAUCGAGCCCGGCCGGGCACUUGCAGCUCCGCACACCGGAAGCAAAAAGGGAACUGCUUCCGCACAUGGCCGGGGUCUCGGCUCUGAUAGACCGGGCGGACGUAGCGAUGUUCAAGUGGCUGCAUCGUUGCACCGUGCCUCUCACAGCACCUCUGCCGCCUCUGCAGACUCGAGCGUUGGUGCAAGCUCGAGGUCGACCCAUGAAGUCGGGGCGGCCCGUAUCGAUGGCCGUACUGAUGGGACAAGAGUGACGAGGCAAGCAAGAUGGAGUAGCGUCAAUGGCGGCAGCAUGGCCAACACCAGCGCUGCGCGACCUGGCGGCAGCCGAACCGGUGUUUCUGGCCGUCUGAGCGAGCCUCUGGCCGCGACCUCGAUGUCGACUGCGCCCGAACCAAUGCAAACGGCCGUGGCGCAAAUGCACGCGCGUCAGCGCAAUGACAAGUUCGGCGCACGCCUGCGCAGCUCACUACCAUAUGGCGGCACGGGCUCCUCAGUGGCGGUCGGAGCGUCCACUGAGUCGGCAAGCUCCCACAUCUCGGUCAACAGCGCAGCUGAGGCGCGUAAUCGCCCUCCCAGCGCCACGGCCGCAGCGGGAAGUGCUGAGCAGCAAGUCGCCUCCACACGCACCCGUUGGACAUUCGCUAUGCACGUCGAGAUGGAAACGAUCUCGCCAACUUCGUCGUACCGAACGGUACCUGAUCUCAAUGCCGGCAGCGAAUCGGAAGGAAGUACGGUUGGUUCUCGUCCAUCAUCGCCGGUUGAGUACGAAACCACAACGACCACACGUCACGGAACGGCAUUGGUGUUGGAAAAGCCCACACUAGUGAGCUUUGUGCCUACGUCUGAGAUCCAUACGGCGGUGAGCAUCACGCGCGACCGCGUCAUCAUCGAUACCAUCCUACCACCGACCGCGACACUCGCACGCUCUACUCCACGCGCAGCGGCUCUCCAAUCAGAACACGCACCUCUUGGCAAAGAAGAGAGAGAGGCGGUGCUGCAAAGGCACCAGGCGGAGCUAUACGAGCUGUUGGCGAAGAAGUUCACGGCGAACUAUGACCCGACGGGCAAGAUCAGGGACGACGUAUUCACGACCCUGACGAAGCUCACGCGAUUCCCAGAUCCACCUGGCCUCAAGACGGCAAGUGGCGAAGACGGGUGUCCUUGCAUUUGCUGCGAGCUGGGCUGUGAUCAUCCGCUCGAGCCGAAUACACAGCAAGAAACAGAACGCAGCGAACGCAGCACGCAUUUGACACAGGAAGCUGGGCAGGAGGAGCUGCAUUCGUUCCUCGAGAUGGACAAGCCGCGUUUUGGGAGGCCGGUACGAUCCCUGUCGCUGCGCGCGCUCGCAGGCGCAUCGGAUCGGGAUGGAGACAAGAGAAGUGGCGGCUUCUGGGCAUUUGGUCGAUCCAACCGCUCGAGCUCGCAGUCGGAAUUCAGCCAGUCCACUCAAACUACGUCGAGCUCCGCACAAGGGUCCUCGCCACCCCCGCGAGCAGCGAAUGGAGCAGCUGAGGUCGGCCGCUCGCGCUCGUUGUCGGAUCUGGUCCGAAGACGACGCAGCAAGCAUAUUGCGACGACAUCCGCCCCACCACCGCGCACCGACCAUAGGGAAGCGGUGGUGCUGCCUGCACGUACGUCGUCGCACGCCGAGCUGCGUAUCCGAGCCGAGACACCGCAGGAGACGCCCCAACCUCCACCGCGCCGCAGCAGCAAGCGUUAUGCCAUUGUGUCACGAAAGCCCGUCCCGCCACUUUAUCCCACUGCCUCCCAGUCGGACCCAGCGCUGCAUGCAACACUUGCGCGCUCGGGCACAACCGCAUACGCCAUCGACCGCAUCGUCGAGGAAGACGAAGACGAAGAGACCCUUUCGCGACGACACUCGGCGCUCAUGUCCAGCUUCCAUGCGCAUCCUGAUCCCUGGUCGCAGCCUCUGCACACUCCGACUUCGACAACACACGUCGGGGUAGCCAUCUAA